AUGGCACAUCUGCUAAAAACUCUGCAACGGAAGCGGGGGAAUACAGAACAGCAAACGGUUAUCUGCUGCUUCUACAUCUUUACAUCACAACAGCUUCACAAUGUAUUUUUUUUAAAAUUGCUGGCCAUGGAAAAAAGCAAAACUCUUACUAUCAGUACCUUUCACAGUUCAAAAUUUGGUGCUUCCUACAGAGAGGAGUUGCUUCUCAGCCAGACAAUCUCCCGCGACGAAGGCGCAGCGCGGCUGCCGCGGACGGCACAGAAACGUGCGAGUGUGUCCCUGGAACACACGCUACUUAUAAUCCGUAAGGUACCUGGGAAACCCGGACGCUGCAGUGAAUCCAAGGUCAGAGGAUUCCCAGAUAAGCAGCAGGGGAGGCGGAGGCCCUGCCUGCGGCCUGACGCGCACAGCGGGGAGCAGCCUGCGCGGCUCUCGCAGAUGCUCGAUGGACGACCUGCAAAGAGGAACAGACGCACGUAUAAGGCACCGGGGAGUGUUUAUACUCUCACCGCACCCGGAAAAUAUUACAUGUGUUGUACCUUGUAUUACACCUUUUCCAAAACACAGGGAAACACACGUUCCACCGUUCUAACCAUGAAAAACAAAGUGUGUGUUCGCGUGCUUGGUCUCCAUCAUGCUGGCAGUUUGGGACAGAGGCUACGAACGUUGUCCUCACAGAUGUGGACCCUAGACAGCGCUGCCGUGCGCGAAGCAGCAAGCAGGGAGGUGGUGGUUCACCUGCGACGAGGCGAUGGGUCCUCCCAAAGUAUUCAGGUGUCCUGGUGUCUGUGCCCCGGUGGCAAGUGCGGCGGGCAGGCUCCGAAGUGCCCCUGGCCCAUAGCUCUGGCUGUCUGCGCCUUUGUAGACCCCUCCCCUGAGUGCCGGAAGGACCUUUCACUGCGGUCCAGCGAGGAGCAGAUCUGGCGUCCAGCCAUGGUUGCAGGGGCGGCGAGGACCCAAGGCCGGCGGCCGGCCCCCCUCCUCUGGCCGCUGCCACUGCUGCAUCUGCUCCUGAGCUUGGAGGCUGCGCCCACCCCGCCGUCCCGCAGCCCCAGCCCCUCCCAGAUUCCACGUGAGGCCCGAGGACUCCUGGAGGCACAGGAGGGCCGGCAGCAGGCAGCUGGCAGGCCCCUGGGCUCUGCAGUCCGAGCCCAAGGUCCAUCUGAAGCAGAGGAUAGCCCCAGAGACGACAUCAACAGAGUGUGCGGGAAGCCCGAGGUGAUGGGGAAGAUAUAUGGUGGCCAGGACGCUGAGGCUGGUCAGUGGCCGUGGCAGGCCAGCCUGCUGUACAAGGGCUCGCACCUCUGUGGAGCCGUCCUCAUCGACUCCCACUGGCUGGUUUCAGCUGCCCACUGCUUUCUCAAAAAAUCCCAGGCCCUGGAGAACUAUUAGGUUCUGUUGGGACACACUCAACUGUAUCAGCAAACCCAGCACACCCAGAAGAUUUCUGUGAACCGGAUUAUCACGCACCCAGACUUUGAGAAGUUGCACCCCUUUGGGAGUGACAUUGCCAUGUUACAGCUGGACCUGCCUGUCAACUUCACUUUCUACGUUGUCCCAGUCUGCCUCCCAUCCCCAGACAUGCAGCUGCCCAGUAACGUGUCCUGUUGGAUAACUGGCUGGGGAAUGCUCACCGAGGAUGUGCGUCUAUUACCACCCUUCAGUCUCCAGGAGGGUAGGGUGAUCCUCAUUGAGAACAUGUUCUGUAAUUUGUUAUAUGGUCAGAUUACUGGCAAAGGCAAUACUUACUCUGUGCAUGAGGAUAUGGUGUGUGCAGGAGACUUUUUGACAGGAAAAUCCAUCUGCCAAAGCGAUUCUGGAGGGCCCCUGGUCUGCUAUGUCCCCAGUGCCUGGGUCCUGGUGGGGCUGGCCAGCUGGGGCCUGGACUGCCGACAUCCCGCCCACCCCAGCAUCUUCACCAGGGUGACCUACUUCGCUGACUGGAUCAACGAAAAGAGACUCACUCCUCUUCCUGCCCCUACAUCUGCUCCUCCUCUCACUGGCUCUCAGCCCCAGCGCCUGGGGGCUGCUGGCUCUCCCAGGCCCUGCACAGCCCUUGUGCCUCCACAGACCUGGCUCCUGCUGCCAUUUACCCUCAGGGCCCAGGGGAGACCUCGGAGGCCCUCCGCUCCUCUCUGCCCAGGCUCUAGUUUUCAUGCUGGAACCUCCUCCCUCCAGCCCACCAUCUCUGCAUGGUUCCUUCCCGGCUUUUCUGUCCAUCAGCUACCACUCCCUAAACCAAGUCUGGCAAAACCAAACCAAACCAAAUAA